AUGGCGGACGACUCUACUCCCAUUGAACUCGGAGCUAUCGAUAAGCUCGAACUCCUCCAUGACACUACGGCCGUGAACUGGGCGUCGUUUGAGGACACACUUCACACCCACCUUGGCUCUGUCAUUGUUCAAGACUACUGUCUUCUUGAUGUAGUUCUUGAGCACCCUAACGGCCUUCCACCCGUCCCCCCUCCUCCUCUUGAGCCUCCUCCUCCUGAUGCCCCUCCUCCCCCAGAGCCUCUGUCUGAUCCCCCUCGUGCCCCAGUUCAUGAUGACAACCCAGAUCGAUGGGCGGCCAACUUGAACAACUACAACAAGCUUCGCGAUGCCUACACCAUCCAGCGUGAGGCGCACCGUGCUGCUGAGAAGGCUCACGCUGAUGCUACUGCGCGUAUCCUCUCCUACGCACAGGAUGAAAAAGACUAUGCUGAUGAACUUCGCAAGUUCAACAAGGAUACUGCAGCAUGGCGAAUUGCGGAUCGCCGCGCUCUAGCCAUUAUCUUCUCCUGCAUCCCUUCCCAUCUCAAACGUGACCUCCGCCCCACCUCCUCCUCUGGCCUCUGGAAAACCCUGUCCACUCAGUACGACCGACAGGACCUUCGCUCUCUCCUUGCUCUCUUUCGCAAAUUUCAAGACACCACUCUUGACUCAUCCCCCACUGCUGCUGCCUUCACUCGGCGCCUCAUCGACACUGCGCAACGUCUCAACGACCGCGGCAUUGUCAUUCAUGAAUCACUUCUCACUGCACGCAUCCUCGACUGCCUUCCACCCACAUACGAUACCUACCGCAUCACCUUUACCUCUAGGUACCGCCAUCCUCCUCCUGUGGCCGACACAAUCGACUGGCUCCUUGACAGCGAAGCGGACAUCCAACGUGACUCCACCACCAUCAAUGCUAUCCAGGCUCGCAAAACUCCCGCAGGCAACCACAGCAGCGGCGGAGGUAGCGGCUCAAGCGGUACUGGCGGUGGCGGUGGUGGACGAGGUGGUGGGCGAGGCGGUGGACGCGGUGGUGGUCGUGGUGGCGGCCGUGGUGGGCGUGGCAAAAACCCCUCUCCCUCGGGUACCCUUCCCCCGUGUCAGUACAUCAUUCGCUAUGGCUCCAACAAAGGUCAGCCUUGCGCUCAAACCACUCACACCACUGACACGUGCUUCAAAGCCCUCACUGAUGAGUGGUUUGCACGUGGCAAUGUCGGCACCCCACCUCGAUGGAACACCAUCUUCCCGCGCCCCUCUCUCCAUGACAUACGCACUCUCCCCGCCUAUCAACCCUCCACCCCUAAUCUUCACAAUGUCCUCACUGAGCAUCUCCCACCUCAUAUCCUCCAGCAAGUUCAACAUCUUCUCCCUUCAUCUCCUCCCACUCCCACCCCUCCCACCCCUCCCAUUCCCCCUUCACCCACACCUCCUCCUCAAGCCCCUCCCCCCCACUAUCCUCCGCCCUAUACCGGCUGGCCAUACCCUCCUUAUCCACCUCCUCAAUACGGCCCUGUGCUUCCUCCACCUGCUACCACUCCUACUGACCAGCCCUCCUCCUCCUCCAAUCCUCCUGGCUUCACUCCGUUCCCUUCUGCUGGAUUCAUAGGACAUGUUAGCACUGCUUCUCCUGCUCCUUCAAUGUAUGCCCAUGCUAUUAAUGAGACAUCCUUCCAGUAUUCCGCUUCUUCCUCCUCCUCUACACUCCUUGAGUUCAUUCUUGACAGCGGCGCUACACACACUGUCCUUCGGGACGCAGGCACACUAGUCCCCCUCCCCACUCCCUCCACCAUUUACGGAGCCGACUUCAGCUUCACCAUCACAAGUCGACACACCUCCACUCUCCCCUGCCCCAUCUUCCCCUCAGGCACAGUCACAGGUCUACACGUCCCCUCCCUACGCAACAAUCUGGUAGCACUUCGUGACCUCCCAAGGUUAGGUGUCACCGCCAUCUUCCCCGGACAUGCACUUCACUGCGACCUCUUUCACACCAUCACUGGUCGCUUCAUCUGUCGUAUUCCCCUCUGCCCACACACAAACCUGUACACAUACCGCACCCCUCGCCCCUCCAUCCACCAACUCACCACUCCCACCUUACUUCCCCCUACCUCCCUUCCCCCCUCCCCUCUCCCCCCCCUCCUCCCCUCCCCUUCUUCCCCCCUUCCCUCCCCUCCCUCCCCCCCUCCUCUUGCCUCCCCUCCCCCUCCCUCCUCCCCCUCCCCUCCCUCCUCCCCCUCCCCUCCCUCCUCCCCCUCCUGUCACUGUCGUGACCUUACCCAUCCCGCCGUCCUCCUUCACCAUCGCUUGGGUCAUCCCAACUUUGCCACCCUUCGUCAAUCUGUCUCCUCUCAACUUCUUGAAGGACUUCCCCUCACCCUCCCCCCUCUCCCCCCGUCGCCCUCCCCUCCCUGCUCAGUUUGCGUUGAAAGCAAACUAAAGCAAGCCCCCCACAAGAGUCAUCCCUCCUUCUCUCCCCAACCCAUUGAUCUCGUCCACAUGGACCUCUGGGGCCCCAAUCCCACCCCCACCAGGCAAGGUCAUCGCUACCUGCUCAUACUGGUAGAUGACCACAGUCGGUACUCCACUGUCUCUCUCCUUCGCAAGAAGGCGGAGGCCCCGGCUGCCAUUAUUGCCUGGGCUGAACAAGCACGCACCCAUUUCAAACGCCCUGUCUCUCGCUUCCAUUCCGAUGGCGGCGGUGAGUUCCUUAACCGGAUGCUUUCCUCCUACUGCUCCACCCAUGGCAUUAUCCACACCUACACCCUUCCUCAUUCCCCUCAGCAAAAUGGUGUGGCGGAGAGCAGGGUUCGGGAGGUCACCAAGACCGCUCGAUGCCUCAUGGUCCAUGCCUCCUGCCCGCCUUCUCUGUGGGGUUAUGCUAUCCUCCACGCCGCCAUCCUCACUAAUCUCUACCCCCAUCCCUCACGGCCCACCACUACUCCCACCGAACUCUGGACCUCCACUAAACCCGACAUCUCCCCCCUGCGCGUGUGGGGCUCCAAGGCGUAUGUUCUCAUACACCCUGAGGACCGUUCACGUGCAGCUGGGAAACUUGCCUCCCGCACCCUCCCUUGCAUCUUCAUUGGUCAUAACCCCACCUCCCCGGACUACCUCUUCCUCCACCCCCCCUCAGGUCGUCUCAUUCGUAGUCGGGAUGUGGUUUUUGAUGAAGCCAAUCCGUACUACACCUCCCCCUCCGCCCCUAACCCCCUCCCCCUCACCAUACGUCCUCUCCUCUGGACUGACACUGUCAUCACCCCUCCCCUUCAACCUCCCCCCACCCUGGUCAUACCCGCACCCCCACCCCCUCCCCCUUCUCUCCCAACCUCCUCAGGGGACAUCCUUGACCCGGCUGCCCCACCCUCCCCUUCCGCUGUAACUCCCUCUCCCCCCACUGACCCUCCCCCUCUCCCCGCUGACCCCCCCCCUCCCUCCCCACCCCCUCCCCCUCCCUCUCCAUCCCCUCCCCACCCCCUCCCCUCUCCCCCACCCCCUCCCCUCUCCCAACCUCCACCCUCCCCAUCUCCUCCUCCCCCCCCUUCCCCUCCACCAUCUCGGCCCUUACUUUCGUCCCCUCCUCUGCUCCUUCGUCACUACCCUCACACCCGCUCCACAGUCCCCAUCCUUGGUCCCCCACGGUCCAAUCACCUCUCCCUCCAGUCUCUCACAUCCAUUCCACUCCUCCACCACUCUAGCACUUCCCCACUCCCCCGCACCAGCCCCUCAGGUUCUCACACCAGCCGCGCUCCCGUCUCCCUGCCCCUCACGGCAACUCAGCGCAGCAGAGCAGCAUUGCAGCUGUCUCCUCGCCCCGACCCUCGGCGCAGCAGAGCAGCAGUGCAGCCGUGUUCCCGCUCCAGCCUGACCCUCCAGCGCAGCUGUCUUGCAUCUUCACCGCCUCCUCUUCCUCCUCCUCUCUCUCCGGACCUCUAUGAAGACUCUCAUGAUGAACUCCUUUUCCUCCACCUCCUCUCACCCACCAUCGCCCCUGUCGUCCGCACCAUGGCUGGUACUACGGUCCUUCUUUUCUCCAACACCCCCACCAUCUACGAACCCACCACCUACGAGCAAGCAAUUGCAUGUCUUGACGCACCUCUCUGGAUCGAGGCCAUGGUCAAGGAAUGCAACGCCUUCAUCCACAACCGCUCUUUCCUCGACGUCCCUCGCCCCUCCAAGCACAACGUGGUCAAAGGCAGGUGGCUCUUCCGAGUAAAACUACUCCCUGGUGAAGCUCCUGUCUACAAGGCUCGGUAUGUGGCGAAAGGCUUUACACAGACUUAUGGCUCGGACUUCUUCGAGACCUACUCACCUACCGCCACUCCGCCGGUCAUUCGCGUGUUUCUGGACUUCGUUGGCAGACGCGGGAUGCUCCUCCACUCCAUGGAUGUCACCACGGCCUUCUUACAAGGCGACCUCCACGAACUCAUCUUCUUGGAACGUCCCAAGGGCUUCCACGCUCCUCACGACCCUGCCACCGUCUGGAAACUACUACGCCCUGUUUACGGGCUCAAACAAGCACCUCGAGAAUGGCACGCCAAACUCUCAUCCACCCUUCGCGCACUUGGCUUUCGCCCCUCCCGUGCUGCCUCUUGCCUCUUCCUUCGCUUAACUCCGUCACCCUUCUUCAUCCUCGUCUACGUCGACGACAUGCUGCUAGCAGCUGAGACAGCUGCUGAACUUCAGGAGGUCAAGGAUGAGCUGCAGCAACGUCUCGCCUGCAAAGAUCUGGGGGAAGUCCGCAACUACCUUGGCAUGGAGAUCACCCGCGACCUCACUGCCAAGACUAUCACCCUCUCUCAGUCAUUCUACAUCGGGAAGGUGCUCGAGAGAUUCGGCAUGUCCAAAUCCAAACCCAUCCCCACACCACUUGCAUUCGGGCAUCGGCUGUCCCCUCCAGCCACUCCUGUCACCUCCCCUCAUCCCUAUGCAGAACUCGUUGGGGCCCUGAUGUACGCCAUGGUCUGCACUCGUCCCGACCUUGCAUACCCCGUCAGUGUCCUGGCGCGGUUUGUUGGCACUGGCAGGCAUGGUGAGGAGCACUGGAAGGCGGCCAUGCGUGUUCUGCGCUACCUCCAAGGCACAAAGGACUAUGGCCUCACGCUUGGUGGUGUGGACCCACCUGUUCUUCAAGGCUUCAGUGACUCAUCUUGGGCGGAUGCACAGCCGGACCAUCGCAGUUCUCAAGGAUAUGGCUUCUCCCUUGGGAGCGGCCUCAUCAGCUGGCGCUCCACUCGCUCCUCCUCCGUCGCCCUCUCCUCCUGCGAAGCCGAGCUGUACGCAGUCACCAUGGCGGCUCAAGAGGCACGCUGGCUUAGCUAUCUUCUCACCGACCUUGGCUCACCACAGCCCUGCCCCACCCUGUGGUGUGACAACGAUAGUACCAUCCACCUCACCAAGGAGGCCGUCUUUCAUGGUCGCUCCAAACACAUCGAACUCCGCUACUACUUUGUCCGCGAUCUUGUGCAAGAUGGUCACAUCACUGUUCGUAAAAUCGACUCGUCCGCCAACCUCGCUGACCUCUUCACCAAGGCUCUCCAUCGCUCUAACCACUCUGCGCUCCUGCGCCUUCAGGGACUUGCUCCCCGCGGUGGCUGA